AUGGCGGCGCCCAUGGCGGCGGCGGCGGCAGUGGCGGGAAGCGCCGGGGUGCCGGAGGAGCUCGAAGCGCCGGCAGCGGCGCCGGCGGCAGCAACAACGCCGGCGGGGCCUUCGCGUCCGGCUCGGCUCCCGCUGUCUCGCGUGAAGGCGCUAGUGAAGGCCGACCCUGACGUCAGCCUGGCCAGCCAGGAGGCAGUCUUCAUCUUGGCGCGCGCCGCGGAGCUGUUUGUGGAGACCAUCUCCAAGGACGCCUUCAUCCACACCCAGCACGGGAAGAGGAAGACUCUGCAGAGGAAGGACCUGGACAAUGCCAUUGAAGCCCUGGAUGAGUUUGCCUUCCUGGAAGGAACACUGGACUGACCCUUUUGGAAGACGCGUCCCGGGAAGGAAAGGCCGAGGGGCUGCCUCCCUCCCUCCCUCCCUCCUCACCUGCCAAGGAAGACCCUCCCAGAAAUCCCUCUGUAUAGAGCCAAUGGUGUGAUUUGUACAUAAUGCGGUGUAUUUUCUCUUAAUAC